AUGGAUCAGUCUCAUCCAAAUCGACUCCACUUCCUGCAGCUGAGAAGGGCCUUGGCUCCGAUGGGAGAAUAGUGUGAUUUCUUUAGCUCAAAACAUUCUCUCAUCUUCUCGGACUUAGCUCCAUUUUCCCUUUUGUGAAAACAUGGCGGACGAAGAGUUAGAGGCGAUCCGGCGGCAGAGGAUGUCGGAACUACAGGCAAAACACGGGGAUGCUUCAAAUAAUCAGCAAGGAGAGGAGGCCAAACAAAGAGAGGGUGACAUGAGGAACUCUAUAUUGGCCCAAGUUCUUGACCAGUCUGCCCGUGCCAGAUUAAGCAAUCUUGCUUUGGUGAAACCAGAGAAGGCCAAGGCAGUUGAAAAUUAUCUCAUUCAGAUGGCUCGCUAUGGGAAGUUGGGAGGAAAGAUUUCUGAGUCAGGCCUGAUCGAAAUCCUCGAAAAGGUCAGCCAGCAAACAGAGAAAAAAACCACUGUCAAAUUCAACAGACAGCGGGUGAUGGACUCAGACGAUGACGAUGAUUUCUAACUCUCAAUUGGAGCCCUGGAACGAGCCAAGAAAUCGGGAGAAGAAAUGCUUUAUUUGGACUCGGAUAGCAUCUCGAAUCAGCGAAUUCCAGUUAGCUAAAUCCUGGGAUGCUGUGGGUCUCUGGAAAACACACCAAGACAUGAGGUUGACAUUGUGGCAUCAGUGGUGGGGGGUAAAAUACACAGGGUGUCAAAAAGGCAAUCUUUUGUGACCCUAUUCUGUCAAGUUGUAACAAAUUUGCACUGCAUAUGUUGUACCCCUGACAACUCACAGCACUGUGUGACUCCUCUUGUUCUUCGUGUUAGUUACUCUUUUUAUUUCUCCACGAUCGAUUUUCUGUUCUUCAUAUGUAUAAUGUUAGACAAAAUGCAAAACUCUGCUGAUGCAUUUUAUCUAGAGUGAUCAUUUAAUACAAAAAAUUGUUUGUGUUCAGGGCCAGUUUCCUGUCACACCUGGAUGUUGCACUUGGAUAUUUUCUUUUGCAGACAUGUAUCUUGAAGGUUUACAUACAAAUAAAAAAGAAGCCUUAAAUUCA